UGGUCUUGUUUUUCACAUUCCCAACCCUGCACUAAAUGGACAAGUUUUCCGGAAAUAAAACAGUUUCCUUUCUUUCUUCCACGACGCGUCAACGAGCUUUCCCAGCUUGAAGAAGUAAAAAACAACAGCCAAAAUGGUUGCACAAAAGAAACAGAAAAAGGCGAUGGAGAGCAUCAACUCCAGGCUCGCGUUGGUGAUGAAAUCUGGAAAAUACGUUCUUGGUUAUAAGCAGACGUUAAAAUCUCUUCGUCAGGGAAAAGCUAAGCUCGUUAUUAUUGCUAAUAAUACGCCUCCUUUAAGAAAAUCUGAGAUCGAGUAUUACGCAAUGUUGGCCAAAACUGGAGUCCAUCAUUACACUGGAAACAAUAUUGAACUCGGAACAGCCUGCGGAAAGUAUUUCAGAGUGUGUACUUUAUCAAUUACCGAUCCAGGUAAUUCUGAUAUUAUCAAAUCAAUGCCCACGGGUGAACAGGCUUAAGUAUUUUGUACAAAUUCUUUAAAUAAAAAUAUUUAAAAUUAUAAAA